UGAUUCGUUGUAACUAACUCCGUUUUGACGGUCGUUAGCCCACCCGUCAUCAUCGUGAUCUCUGCUCUCUCUUCACCUAUCAUCUUUUUUUUCCCUAAUUUCUGAACUUCUGCGUUCAUCUUUCCAAAUUUAAAACUGAGUUUAAUCAUGGCGCACGACAUAAUCUAGAUGUGCUAAGUAUUUUAAUACUAAAUAGUUUUUACUGCUUGCUUAGUGCUAAUAUUCGUUUUAGAUUUUUGGAAAAAAUGUGGAGGACUCCGUUUAUUUUGCUGAGACAUCGCGCGGCGGCUGCGGCGCGGAUUAGGCCGGCGGAGGUGAGCAGGUGGUUAAGGCCGUGUUUGGAUGGGAGUGGAGGUAAUCGGGGAGAUGGAUGUUUCUGCGAUUUUAGAUUGACGGCGGCGAGUUAUUGUAGCUCCGCGGCGGCCGGAGGGAGAGGGGAUGAUAAGGGCGAGGGGAGAGGGAAUGCGGAGCUGGUUUCGGAGGCGGAGGUGAAGAGGCUUAUGAGAUUGGUGAAUGUGGAGGCGUUGAAGAAGAAGCUAGGGAUGGGGAAUAAGGAGGUGAUUGAAUACUCGGAGCUUCUGCAAGCUUGCGAGGGUAUGGGAAUCGCUAAGUCUCCCGAUGAGGCUGCCGCCUUUGCUCGUGUUCUGGAUGAAGCUGGUGUCGUCUUGCUCUUCCGUGAUAAAGUCCAUCUCCACCCUGAUCGGGUAAUUGAUCAGAUUAGGAAAGCAGUGCCCAUGGCACUUCUACCUGAAGAUGACUCCUCCAUAGAAGAGCUAAAGAAGAUGCAGGAAAGAAUGGAUGAGCUCGACAAGCUUGCACACAGGCAGGUUCGUCGCAUCCUAUGGACAGGUCUGGGGGGUGCUGUUCUACUGGUUGGGCUUUUCUUUCGCCUUACAUUCUGGGAAUUCUCUUGGGACGUUAUGGAGCCAAUUGCGUUCUUCACUACAACAGCCGGGAUAGUCAUGGGGUAUACUUACUUCCUAUUCACAUCAAGAGACCCAACCUACCAAGAUUUAUUGAAGAGGCUCUACCUUGCGAAGCAGAAGAAGCUCAUGAAGAAGUACAAUUUUGACAUCCACGGGUUUGUGGAGUUACAGAAGAAAUGCAAGUUACCGCUGGAUGGACCUACAUCUAUUAAGCGACAGAUAGGCAUCGAGCUGGAGGAACUUCUACACGACAUGAAAAGGCAUUGAUGUAUUGCUUUUACAGUAUUACAUCUUAUUGCAUAAUAUUUAUAUGCGCCCUUCAACUACCAAGCCCAUCGUUUUUCCUGGGCAUGGAGUUGUUUUUCUAUUAUUACAGGGCUUCUUCUAGCCAACUUUCAAUGACCAGAUUCCAGGAAUUAUUGUGCAUUUACAAUUCUGGUUGGUUAUAAUUCUAAUCCUUGUUUCCUUGAGCUUCCAACUCUUUAGCUAUUACUGGCCUAUUCCUAAGAUUAGCAUAGACAUCUGAUGAAUUUCCUGAACAUUUUGGUAGAAUAUUGUUUGCA